UCCGUAGACUAGUUAAUAGGGAUGUUGUCGUGGGCUCAUUUCUAAAGGGUUAGCCCGACCCGCAUGAAAAUUUAUAACCCUAAACCCGUAUUUUUUAAUGUGGGUUAAGAAUGGGCCGCCUAAUUUUACGCUAAGGUACCAAUAGGGUUAAUUAUUUCCCAUCUCUCUUUCAGUCAUAUCUUACAACUCGACAUCGAAAUCAAAAUCAAAGGCCGUUCUGAAUCAAAAUCAAAGGUUCUGGGUUUGUUUUAAAUCGAAAUCAAAGGCGAGGGGUUUGUCCUGAAUCGAAAUCGAAGGCCAUAUGUUCUUAUGAAGACGAAAAUGAAAUCGAAGGCUAGGGGUUUGUUCUGAAUCGAAAUCAAUGGCCCAUCUCACAUGGAUCUUCUGAAAACAAAAACGAAAUCAAAGGAGGACCAAUCCGUUUUAGAAAAGCUAUUGGACAUCUUGGCAUCUUGCACCUGAGCUUGGGAAUCUCGAACAUUUACAAUAUUUGCUGCAGCAUGGACUCACAAACAGUACAAAGAAUGGCAGCUCUUGAGGCAGAAAACGAAUUGAUGGACUUGGAGUAUAAUGAAGAUGAAGACUCCCAAGAAGAGGAACAUGAUCUUAGUGUCAAUGAAUCUGCUCACUCAACACAUACUCAACGUCCAAAGAGACACACACACACUCCACGAGCUUCACGAUCUCCACGAGCUCCACGAUCUCCACUAGCUCCACGAUCUCCACGAGCUUCACGAUCUUCACGAGCUCCACGAGCUCUAAGAGCUAAACGGCCUAGACAGGUACGUAAAAAAACUUCUAAGUGUUGGCUACACUUUACAUCGGUAGGCGUAGAGUCUGAUGGUAAAGAAAGGGCUAAGUGUCACUACUGUGGUAUUAAGUUAGUUAUAGAUAGGACUCAUGGAACUUCAACAAUGAAUCGCCAUUCACGCUCUUGUCCAGAAAAACCUGAAACCGAAGUUGUUGAAUAUGAUCCCAAAGUUGAUAAGGAAAUGGUUUCUGAGAUUAUAAUUUAUCAUGACCUUCCUUUUCGCUAUGUAGAAUACGAAAAGGUUAGGGAGAGAGAUAAAUAUCUUCAUCCAGAAUGUGAGCCUAUAUGUAGACAAACUGCAAGUAGGGAGGUGUAUAAAAGAUAUGAAAUAGAAAAGCUGAAGUUGAAAGAAAUGUUUGCAUGUUACCAAGGUCGAGUGUCUUUCACUUCUGACUUGUGGACGAGUCGUAGCCAAGUGAGGGGUUAUAUCUGCCUCACUGCUCAUUAUAUUGAUGAGAAAUGGAAGCUACACAGUCACAUCUUGGCAUUUUGAGAUGUCAAACCCCCACAUACCGGUGAAGCAAUAGCCAAGAAGAUUUUUGAUAUCCUAAAGGAGUGGGGGUUAGAGCGAAGAGUGUUUUCCCUCACCUUAGAUAAUGCUUCUGCUAAUGAUAACAUGCAAAAGAUCCUUACUCAUCGUCUGCAGAGUGGGAAUGGCUUGUUGUGAGAUGGAAAGUUCCUCCAUGUAAGGUGUUGCGCCCACAUUUUGAAUCCGAUUGUCAAGAAAGGGUUAGAGUUAGGUUCUAGUCUUUUGGUGAACAUUAGGGAGAUCGUUAAGUAUGUGAAAGCUUCUGAUUCAAGGAAGUAUUCUUUUGCUACGUGUCUUGAGAGCGCUGGUAUUGAAAGCAGUGCUGGUUUAUCUUUGGAUGUGGACACACGGUGGAAUUCCACUUACGAGAUGUUGGUGAGAGCUCUCAAGUUUUGUAAAGCCUUUGAUAAUCUGCAUUUGUAUGAUGGAAACUACAAAUGUUUGCCUUCUGAAGAAGAGUGGAAUCGCGGUGAGAAGAUUCGAGACUUCUUGAAGCCAUUUAGUACAAUCACAACAUACUUCUCUGGAGUCAACUUCCUCACAGCCAGUGUUUAUUUCAUGCUAGUAUGGAAGAUCGAGUUGUUGUUGAGGAGGUAUGCAAGGUGUAAGGAUAAUGAGAUAAGAUUAAUGGCUGUGGAUAUGCAAAGUAAGUUUGCUAAAUACUGGGACGAGUACAGUCUUAUUUUAGCUAUGGCAGCAGUACUAGACCCAAGGAUUAAGCUGCAGAUGCUUAAGGAAGCUUAUCAUAAGCUGGAUCCUAGAAUUUCUGAGAAGAAGGUUGAAGUCGUGACGAAGAGCUUGGAGUUGCUUUAUAAAGAGUAUAGUUCAAAGUCAUCAGAAAGUUCUUCCAGAUUUCCAAGAAAAACUCCACAUGAGCUCCUUACAGAAUCUCCUCUUGAUGAUGAUUUCGAUGAUGAUCUGCUUGAGCUUGAAAGGUAUAUCCAGUUUGGCUCAAACAACGAAAGGAAAAAUCUGGACAUGUAUUUGGCUGAUACUAAGGUUGAUAUUUCGGCUUUCUCAGAUAUGGAGGUGUUAGACUACUGGAAGGAUAAGCAACACAGAUAUGGUGACUUAGCUUUGCUUGCCCGUGAUAUUCUUAGCAUCCCUAUUACUACUGUUGCGUCUGAAUCUGCGUUUAGUGUGAGAGGUCGGGUUUUGAGUCCUUUUAGAAACCGUCUCCUCCCUAAAACUGUCCAAGCAUUGAUCUGUACGCGAAACUGGCUCGCGGUUUUGUUGAGUUUGAGGGAGACAUUGAGGAGUACUUUGAUUAUGAUGAUGAGGAUGCUAAUAAAAGAGCAAGUAGCUCAGGAAAUGAAGAUUCAAACAUGUGGUAACUUCAGUGCAUUUAGCUCUUUGUGUAACUUGUAAACUGCUUUAGCUCGUUUCUUGCUGUCUGUGAUUGUAUCUUGCUGUCUGAGAUUGUAUCUUGCUGUCUGGUAGACUAUAGGUUGUAUAUUGUUGUCUAAGACUGUAGCUUUAUGUCUGGUUUAAGUAUAUGUUUUUGGUGUUGUUGUGUCGUCAUGUAUCUAUGCGUUUAUGAUCUAAGUUCUUGUGUUCUUAGCUUGUGUCGUCCUGUAUAGCGAAUGUAUAACAGUAUGAGUGUGUUCUUUGUUUGUUGAAAUCGAUCUUUAGUUG